UCUCAACGAUCAAAGAAUCUGUGCUGGUAUGGGGAUAUUCUGAAACCCAUAACCCACCAAGCUUGACCACAAGCAAAUUUGGAAUCCAAAAGCUAAGAACUGAUCUCUAUCUUUUUCAUCCUCUAUGUUGUUCCCAAAACCCUAUGAAACACUGAAAUACCAAUGAGGUGAGAAGGAAGAAGUGGAGAAAGAGUAAGGAGACCACAGCGGCGAACCCAUCUCUUCUUUGUCUUCAUCAUGGAAUCGAAAAUGGGAAACAAUGUCGGUGGCACUCGAGCUCAAACCAGAUUGGAAGAAUCGUUCUACUUGGGUUGUCCAACUAAGAAGCAUCCAUUACAAAAAUGACUCUCACUAGGAACCAGAGGAUUUCCUCAAUAGUACCUGGGCCGACCAUCAUUGUGGUUGGUUAACUUUGAAUUCAUUGACAACCCAUGUCUCCAAAGGCAAGAGACAUAGGGGUUGAGAAGCUAAGCUUGACAUUGAUCAAUCGAUCAUGUAGCACCACAUCAUCUUUCAACAAGUACGGCUCCUUGGACGGGUGGCUUGGAUGAUAAAGAGUCCAGGCCAAACACUUAAUCAAGAGAUUGUAAAGGGAUCCAUACACCUUGUCACAUAACUUGUUGCUUACCACUCAUGGCAAGGUCAUCACACCGCAAGUGUUACAACACUUUACCAUUUUGUAGCCAUGAUUGGCCAAUGACUUUUUUUCCGUCCUUUUUAGUAGUAUUUUUAUUUAUUUAAUUUUAUAGUAAGGAGUGACAGACGUCAUUGAUUUCUAUGCCCUUUGGCAACCACUAAUGUACCAAAGGUGUACUCCCACUGCCAAGUCCAUGGAUUAAACCAAGCCAACCAUCCAUAUGCUACUUGCCUUCCCUCCUUAAGGGGAGAUGACUCCGGGUGUUGGUUUUGAAUUGGUUAACCUAACAACGGAUGGUACCCGAUCAACUUGUCUUGUCUUGGUGGCUUGCAAGGGGUCUCAUGCUUGUAAGCUUGAGGAACCUUACUAGACAUGUUGGGUUGAUGUUGCACCCGAUGUGCUUGCCUCCUUCCGGGUGGUGCACUAGAAAUUUUCAACUCCUUUGAGUCAUCAACAAGACCAUGUGUUGUCUUUGGCCUUAGUUUCUCAUGACUUGACACAUUCUUACUCUCCCCAUAUGGUUGGGAAGACGAGUGUCUGUACUUAAAGAGUUGAUGGUCACCAUUGUGGCCAACCCUUAUGUCUUGAUGACCCCCUACAAUUAGCACAUAACCACUUUUGACCCUCUGUGGGACCAUGUCUAAUUGGUGUGUGUCGAGAUGUCUUAUUCAUGCUCCCUUGUCUGCCAUUCAUGUUUGGCCUACCAUGAGGGUUGUUAAGCAUGGACUUUCUUCUUUUUCCAUUCCUUAACACACUCUCAUACUUAGAAACUUUUUGAGUAGCUUGGGUGUGCUGCAUACUCAUAUAAUUUACUCCCACUUGUUUCUUUCAUCGUCAGUGACAUGCCCCCUGGUCCACUGGUUGGAGACAUGCCCCUCAUACCAUUAUUCAUGAUUGUUGACGUGCCCCCCUUGCCAGACUUAGCCAUAUUAGUAUGCUUAAUAAAAUCAUGUGUGGCUUCAUGUUGUGGUUUAUUGGGCACGUCUAUCUGCCUAUUGUUUGUGGUUGGUGACAUGCCCCCUUGUCGACCAUUCAUGGGUGGCAUGCUACAAGGGGCCUUGCCUCCUUGUCCACUCUUUGAAACGCUGUCAAAGUUAUGAAAAUCAUGGGUGGCAUGGGUAUCUAACACCCACUCAGACUUUCCACUCACUCCAUUCAUCAUGUUUGAUGACAUGCCCCCCUGUCCACUGCAUGGAGAUGGAGACAUGUCCCCCUCGCCACACUUAGCUACAAUAGCAUUCUUACUAGAAACACAUGUGACUUGGGCCAAUUGUGGCUUCUAGGGCACAAAUUUCAACCCACUGCUUGUUGUUGAUAACAUGCCCCCCAUGCGAUCCUUAGACAACAAAUAUGGUGUUCUGUUGGACACACCCUUUUGUUCAAUUUUCUUUACAUCAACGUGCCCCCCCAGCCUGACACUUCACCUUCAAUCUGUUAGGGGAUAGGCUUCCAUGCCCCCCUAAUGGUUGGGCUGACCCGUUGGGGAUGGAUGACACCAAAGUUGAGAAAGAUUUUUGUAUUACAUCUACAGAAACUACUCCUUCCCCACUCAUCACACUGAGGCCAGAUCUAGCCUCAGGGGUGGUUCCUAGAGUAACUGUUUGCACAAGCGGUUGUUCCCCAUGAGUAGUGAACGUGGGUGAGAGAUUUUUAUUAUAACGACUAUGUUGAUGAGGUAGUUGACUUGUCGCCGGAGGCAGUAAGUUCCCUGAGCGUGGCUGGGUAGUCCGGCCACCGAAGAACAAGAUACUUAUAUACUCAGUAGCAAUACUUGGUGGCGAAUCUAUACCAUUUUUUGGUAAAGAAAUUUCUCGCACCACUGGUUCUAUAAAAUCUUUUUUAAGCUCAUCUAAGCAAUUUGUAUUUUCUAUAGUUGCUUCAAGCAAUUCAUCCAAACGUCUAUCAAACAUAGAACUAAAAGAAGCAAGUUUUAGAAUUGUCUGUUGUGAACUUCUAACAAGUCCAUUCAAAAUCUCUUCCAUCAAUCGACAGAUCUCCACCAUCACUUGACGGUUCUCCACCACUGAUGAGCCCAUAAGUCAUUCAUCUUCGAGUGUCGCAGCCCAACACAACCCAACAUCGCUACCGCAACUACAUGAAGUAGCCAGUCGAGUAGCCAGCCCAUUUCAGCAGAAGCUUGCGGCUGUAGAUCUCUUUAUUUGAGUCAACAUAAUUAGUUGUUAGAUUGUUUGAGUUGUUUACAUAAUUAGUGGAGUUAGUUUAGGAGUUCAUGGUUAGAUGAACGUGGGAUUAGUUCCACAAAGUUAGGCUUUCCUUUUGGCAAAUGUUGGUGUAUUUAUAUUUAGAAUGGAAUAAAUAAUGGGGAGACAAUUUGAGAGUUAAGAACCCUAGCCAUUCUCGCCAAGAAAGGAGAAACCUGGCCUACUCCCGCCAUGAAAAGGGAGUUAUCCAAAUCGAUCCCGUAUCAUUUGGUAUCAGAGUUGUUGAUCUUGUGUUUCGAUCACGAUGAUCUCAGAGAGACCAUCAAGGAAAGAACUCAUCGAUCGGGCACUCGGGUAGAUAGAACGUGUCAUGGCAACCUGCAACAUGCUCAUUGGGACGUAUGACAAACACAGGCCAGCAACAACACCACCAAGGCCGCAAAUCAAGACCCUGGCCGCCAUGGGAGAGGCGAAGAUUGUCCUCCCACCCGUAGCCACCGCACCGCCACCGUCGCUAGCUGAAGCUCUAGCAGACUCGAUAAAGGUAGAGGCAGAAGACGACGCCGUCGAUGCUGCAAAACCAUUGCCGUCAGAAUUUGAGACCUUUGUUGCCGUGAAGGUGGAUCCAUUCCCCAUCACUUCCACCUUAGUUCCAACGCAGCUCGCUGCGUCGCUGAACUCCUCACCUAUGCGCACAACGGAAUCACCAUCGCUCGUCGUUGAACCAAAGUCACCGCUCAAAUCAACUGUAAAGGCAACUCCUGCUUCCCUACGCCUCACCGUAAAGCAUGAUCAACAUAUGGGAAAGCUGCAAACUUUGUUGGUUACGGAUCAUCGACAAAUAGAAGGGUAUGUCCUAUCAAUGGAUAUCAACAUAAUUUCCAAGUAUGUUAUUCAAUUUAGAGGAAGAAUAAUAUUGGGCCAAAUAAAGCCUUCGAAGUUCAGAAAGAAAUGUGAAGCGCUAGUAGGAUUAUAUGGGGUUGAUUGUGAAUUUCUCUACUGGUGGAAGAGAAGGAAAAAGGGUAGAGCCAACAUGGCUCUCACUUUAAAGAAAGGGAAGCUUGAGCUCCCAGCGAGGAAAGGGCAAGGCUUAGGUGGGAAGUCCUACAGCAGAAGCGCGAUGUCGAAUUUACUGCCGCCUGGUAACGACAAUUAUGAGUCCAUGGAGAUCGACUCUUCCUUGCCCCUAUCGGCAGAGCAAUCGCUGGUCUCCUCGGUUGAAAAUCCCGACCAACCGAACUUUAAGACCCCAAUAUACAACGGGGUGAUAGGGUCUUGGAAGGCCUCAUUUCAUCAACGAUACUACCAGCAAGUUGGCUUCUAUCUUCGAUGAUCGCUUCAUUGAGCUCACCCUUGAGGACAAGACUGUUUUUUCAGGGGAUGGUAAUGAUGAGCCCAUAAGUCAUUCAUCUUCGAGUGUCACAGCCCAACACAACCCAACAUGGCUACCGCAACUACAUGAAGUAGCCAGUCAAGUAGCCAACCUAUUUCAACAGAAGCUUGCGGCUGUAGAUCUCUUUAUUUGAAUAGUGUGUUAGUUGAGUGAGUCAACAUAAUUAGUUGUUAGAUUGUUUGAGUUGUUUACAUACUUAGUGGAGUUAGUUUAGGAGUUCAUGCUUAGAUGAACGUGGGAUUAGUUCCACAAAGUUAGGCUUUCCUUUUGGCAAACGUUGGUGUAUUUAUAUUCAGAAUGGAAUGAAUAAUGGGGAGAUAAUUUCAGAGUUAAGAACCCCUGGCCAUUCUCGCCAAGAAAGGAUGUAGUUACGG